CGGGCGUUGCCUGGGGUGGAAAGUUUAAAAGCGGGUGUGUGUCCUGCUGUCCCUCAGCGGACGCGUCAAUCAACAUGAUCCCCAUUGUGCUGGCCUCAGUGCUCUUUGCUAGCGCCCUCGGGUGCGGCACCCCAACCAUUGAGCCCAUGAAUUCGCGUGUGGUCAAUGGAGUCGAUGCCAAGCCCCACAGCUGGCCCUGGCAGAUCUCGCUGCAGUAUGAGAGGGACGGUGAAUGGAGGCACACUUGUGGUGGAUCUCUGAUUGCUGCCAACUGGGUCAUGACUGCUGCACACUGCAUCAACACCAAGCUCUCCUACAGGGUGUUUGUGGGCAAACACAACCUGGUCGAGGAGGAGCCUGGCUCCCAGGCCAUCCUGCCCGAGAAGAUGAUCGUCCAUGAGAAAUGGAACUCCAUCUUCGUGGCCUUCGGAAACGACAUUGCUCUGAUCAAGCUGUCAGAGCCUGUGACUUUGAGUAACCAGGUGCAGCUGGCAUGUAUCCCUGCUGCUGGCGCUCUCCUCUCCAACCUGUACCCCUGCUACAUCACCGGAUGGGGCAGGCUGUACACUGGAGGCCCCAUCGCUGAUAAUCUGCAGCAGGCUCUGAUGCCUGUGGCUGAUCAUGCCACCUGCUCCAAGCCUGACUGGUGGGGUGUUGCUGUCAGGACCAGCAUGGUGUGUGCCGGCGGGGAUGGAAUCGUGGGUGGAUGCAACGGAGACUCUGGCGGCCCCCUUAACUGCAAGAACAGCCAAGGAGCCUGGGAGGUCCACGGCAUUGCCAGCUUCGUCUCCGGCCUUGGCUGCAACUAUGUGAAGAAACCCACUGUCUUCACCCGCGUCUCUGCCUUCAACGACUGGAUCGACAAGGUUAUGAUGAACAACUAAAGAAGAAGAAGUCUCAAUAAAAAUAAGACCCAGAAAACUAUUUGUAUUGUGUAACUCAAACCCCACCAGAUCGCAGCAAACCCAAAUGUGAUUAACUACACCCAGAUGCACGGUAACCGAACAAUGGUCUUUUUUGUUUUUUUUAAAAUCACAUGACAAACCCCGACUCUGCCCUCAUCUUUGGAGGUUUUCUGGAAAAAAAUACAAUGUAAACAAAUGUCCAGCAGGUGUCCUCAUACACUCAUGAUCGGGGAUUGGUUGUGACAGCUCUCCGAGAAAGGAACACAGUGCAAACUCCAGCGAAUAGAUGUGAUUCACUGCAAAUAGCCCAAAUAAAACAAGCAGGCGAUUCAGUUGCAUAGAGGAUGAUUAGAGUGAAUUGUGUGUGUGCUUCUUGACAUAGAGUAUGAAUCUAAUAUUCCUGCUUGAAACUGGUCCAGUUUGUCUUCAUGUCCUCUCAACAAUGACCCAUAUUUCUCAUCAGGGGCUUCUCUUUCCUCAUGAUAUCAGAAGGAGGCAGUGGCCAGAAUAGCAAAGUUAAGAUGAACACUUUGGUCAGAUUUUUAAAAAAUUUUGAUGAGGAUCAGAGAGUGAGUGGAGAGGGAAAAAUGAAGAGAGGAAUUAAAUUGGCUCCGACCUCCUU